CAACCUUCCAUCCACAGAAAGAACGAACUCGAACCAUGGCGAAGCAUCACCCCGAUUUGAUCAUGUGCCGCAAGCAACCAGGCAUUGCCAUCGGACGUCUAUGUGAGAAGGAUGAUGGGAAAUGCGUGAUCUGCGACUCGUACGUGAAGCCACAGACGUUGGUCCGCGUGUGCGACGAAUGCAACUACGGCACGUUCCAAGGCCGGUGUGUGAUCUGCGGCGGUCCUGGGAUUUCAGACGCAUACUAUUGUCGAGAAUGUACACAACUGGAGAAAGAUCGCGAUGGCUGCCCCAAGAUUGUGAACGUCGGAAGCUCCAAAACAGAUCUCUUCUAUGAAAGGAAGAAGUAUGGGUUCAAAAAGCGAUAGGUAUAGCCUUGUAUAACUCUGAAUUAGUUUGCAAGCAUGAUGUGA